GGACGGCCUGUCAGACACACACAGGUACUGUUGUCCAGUUGACUCUUUUUUGCACAGAUCAGUAAUUCUCAAGAUGGACUGCCCUAGUGACAACGCAGCCCCCCUGUCUACUGUUGCUCGAGACAUCUGCCCUUUCCCAAACUACAACCCCAGUCCUCUUUUCGUCAACAUGCUGUCCAUCAACUCUUCAGCUCACCUGAGGAACCACUACACAGCAGUGCAGUCCUCACUUACUCCCAAGCAGCUGGAGGACUUCACCCAGGGCCUGAGGAGCACUUUUGGCAGGGAGGGCAAGGUCACUUUUGGUGGGGUGGGGGUAGUGGCCCUGUCCCUGGCUGUGCUGUUUGACACCCUUGCAAAACAGGCAAGAGGAGAGUGGGUGUCAGAGUCAGAGCCCAUUCCAGGUUUAUUUUACAAAGACCUGAGAGGGUACUACCCACCACAUGUCUACACGGUCAGCAAGUACCUGAGGCUGGUACCCCACAUUGCUAACAACCCCACCAGGAUGAGAGAGGAGACAGCGAGGUACAUCAAGCAGUUAACAAUUGAUGACCAGUCUCUGGACAAUCUGGGAGAAAACCACACGGCACCGAUAACGGAAGACAUCACAAUACUAAACUCAAUUCUGGUAAAGUGGUUUACAAGCAGUCUGAAGCUUCAUCUGCUCCGCAUUAAAAACGCUACGGCCGAUGAGUUGGUCAUGUCUACUGGAAGACUACCAGCUGUCAUUAUCUUUAACCUGAACUGUAAUGCAGAGGCAGCUGACAAAGAAUUUUUGGCUGAAGUAAAGAAAUCUGACAGCCACAUCCAAGAAACUUUUAGAAGAUAUAUGUCAAACAUAGGAAAGACAUAUCUGCUCCAGGUUGCCGAACUAGAAUGGGUAAAUGCCAUAUUCGACCUCUCGUGUGCAAUUGGAAAUAUGGAUGAUUUAUUGAUUGCCCAGAGACAGGAUUUUGACCUGAAAGCCAAUGCACUCAAAAAUGGGCAGAAUACACUGUAAAAAAAAUCUGUGUAUUUUACGGUAAAAUACUGGCAGCUGUGGCUGUCAGAACUUUACCGUUAAAAAUAUGGUGACCAUGUUUAAGACAUUAUGGUAUGCUUUUAGGAACUGUAAAUUUCAAGGUUGAAAAUGGUUUAAUUUACAGUAAAUUACUAUAAAAAAACAGAUGUAUCAUAAACCUAUUUACAAUAAGUUGCUGUAAAAAUAACAGCUAUAAUAUUAAAUAUUACGGUAAACUACAGUAAUUAAUAUAGUGACCUGAAGAAACACCUGUGACCAUAAUAAUUUCAUAAUCAACCACUAAAAACUAAUAAAAAAUACUGAUUUGUUUUUUCUAAAGGAGGAAAUUAAAAAAAUAAAAAACAUUUCUUUACCUCUGAAGGAACUCAAGUGUGGAGCUCAGAUCCACGGGAUAAUAGAUAUUGAGGCAGUAGUAGGUUCCAAACAUCAAACAGAUGGCAUGAAGUUGGGGAUGUGGUCAUUCACAACCUUUCCAUCUACACUCAACAUGAACUGUCUUGAGGCAUAGCAGGAGGUUCCUGCAAAGAACAUACAGAUGGAAUAGCAGACCAGCCAUUACCAUCCAAAAGCUGUCUUACCAAACUUGCUAGGUUUUGAAGCAGCACUUUAAAACAUGACAGUGCAUUUCAUGUAAUACUUCCUAACCUUAGGCUCCUUCAGUGAAACUGAUUAUCAACACUUACCACAUACAGUGAUGCAUGGUGUUACAGGCAAGCUUUCCACUUGUACUUCCUUUGCCAGACAUGUUUGUUUAACAUAGUGGAAGAGGUUCUCUUCUUUUUCAUCGAAGUAGGACAGAAGGAGCACCAUGUCCUUGACAUCUUCUGAGCAGCCCUCCAACUGUCCUCUCAGAAUUUCCAGCUUUGUGACAGCCUGAAGAACUCUUUUGUUCUUGUCUGCACAAAUAGUUCUCAUGAAGUCCAGAAGUCGUUUUCCCUUUUUUUCUACAGUUUUUAGCAGUGAAGUAAGUAGAACAAACUCACGUUUCUAAGAAAAAGAUCACUGAAAUUUUCAGAUAUGUCCAAAUCGGCUUCCUCUGUGCCUGUCACUGGACCUGCAUCAUAGUGAGAGACAAAGUCACCUGACUCAGGUGGCGCAGAUGAUGACGGAUGAGAAGCAGAUUCUCUGUACACGUCACUCAUACUGCUGUUGGUAAAACCUCCUUGCUUCCGGGACAUAUGCACGGUAUAUGAAGACUUGACCUGGAAGUCAACACAAACGUGCAAAAAAGACAGCGUUAAAUUUAACCUGACUUUAUAUAGCAGACCUAUGUAUCGGUAUUGACGUUAUUACAAACCUUCAAGAAAGCUUUGUUUACUAUCAGACUGAAACAAAUUCUUAGACAUGCAGACAACUCUUAAGAAGAUCAUUUUACUUAGAUGCUCUUGAAUCGCGUUGUGCCAUCACGAACUGAUCCCCACAGAAACAAAAAACCAACUGCCUGGCCGCGGAGAGCUGCCACUUGGUGAAAUUACCACAACAAAGUUUGAAUUCCAUGACCCUGACAGUAGAAACUGUACUCUACUGCGCGUGUCUCUUUCUCCACUGCGCGUGUCACUGACUCUGUCACUGGUUGGCAAGCCUCACAGGUACAGCAGGUACUACCCCCCCUCCCCCCACCAGUCAACUGAGAGCAGAGUGCACACAAUAUUCUCCACAUGCUCUUCAGUCACAGCAGGCCUGUUUUAAGGAUUAUAAUGUUGAAAAUAAAAGCAGCUUUACAUUUAUCACACAGUUGACUUCAAAAUAAGACACCUAAUGCGACAUAACUCUUCCCAAGUACAGUUGAUAUUCAAAGAAUUUCUAUUCCGUCUGCUGAAUUACAUUUCCCAUCUUUUCUUGACUCUACAAUUAUGGGUACAUACCAUGUCCAUGGGUUGUAUUUAUCAAUUUGACUAAAUAUUCAUUUCAAGCAAUGACCAAUUUUAUAUUGGGUGAUAUUUCUUUCUUUUAGUACAGAAAGUUAACAAGUUCAUUAAUUUAUUUAACAAAUCAUAAACUGGAAUUUGCAGUUUUUGCGCUGUCCGAUUUCAUACAUUUCAAGUUUGCUCUUCAAAAUUAACCCUAGAAGACAUGUUUGUGUAUAUUAUUUUCAGCAUUAUUUGUUCAAAAUAAUCAUUAAAACAUGAUAAAGGUGUUUUCUGAAUCCUUAAUAAACAAAAUUAUUCACUU